CCGAUAAUCAGAUGUAUAAUCAGAUCGUGCGACCAAUUGCCAUGUGUUUCAGAAACGUAAAAACAUAAAAUUGUUCCACGCGUUUGUUACCGCUAGCGUGUAACUUGAUCUUGUCACAACAGAAUUGCAUUAGUUCACAAAAAACUGAUUAUUAGGGACAUGAUCCACUCGUCGUACAGGGGCUAAGUAUGGCUGGCCAGGUUCUUCGAAGGUUUCCCAGAACGUUCAAUCGUUCGGGCAAGGUGGUACAAAAACUCGAGUAUCUCCUCGUGAUGGACUUUGAGGCCACGUGCGAGAGGUACGAGGUUCUCAAGCCACAGGAGAUCAUCGAGCUACCAUGCGCGGUGCUAUCCACUCACGAUUGGAGGCUGAAGGACGUGUUUCACAUGUACGUAAGACCUAGAGUCCAUCCGACCCUCACGCCGUUCUGCACGGAAUUAACCGGGAUCAUGCAGGAGAUGGUCGACGGACAGCCUUACUUCGCGGACACAUUCUCAAAGUUUUGCGAAUGGUUAACCAAGGGAGGGUACUUCGACACAUCUGAAAAGAGCUCGUUCGUCACGUGCGGCAACUGGGAUUUAAAAACCAUGUUACCGAGUCAGUGCGAGUUGGAUGGAAUCACUUUACCAGAUCAGUUCAAGCAGUGGAUAGAUCUGAAGCACGCGUUUUGCGAAUCCAUCGGUCAUUACCCAAAGAGUCUGAAGGAAAUGCUCGUCCGAUUAAAUAUUCCGCUGGAGGGGCGCUUACACUCUGGUAUCGACGACGUGAAAAACAUGGUUUCGAUAAUACUAGCUUUGAAAGAGAACACGCAAUUUAAAAUUACUUCGUCGUUAACAACUUCGGCGAUAAACUUUAGCCACUACGGACAGACUGGAGCAGCUAGGAAUAGAUUGAAAAACACGUGAUAGUUUGUUAGAAAUUAGUCUUGCAUUAAUAAAAUAUCUUUUUUGUAAAACUUUUCAAUUACAAUAGUUACAUAUAAAUAAAUAUUCUCAUUGUUGUAAAAAAAGUA